CUCCGGUUGCUCCGGCUCUGAUUGCUACUGUGUUCCGACCAACUGUCCCCGUUCCGAGUGCCUGGGUACCCGCCGCCAGCAUGGAGGCUCGCCGUGCGCGGCAAAAGCCUCUCAAAGUAAAGAACUUAAAGAAUGUCAGAUAUACGAAGUUGAUUUCCAUGGAAACAUCGUCAUCCUCCGAUGACAGUUGUGACAGCUUUGCUUCUGAUAAUUUUGCAAACACAAAACUUCAGUUCAACAGGGAAGGCUGCAGGACCCGGAGCCAAUGCCGGCACUCCGGGCCUCUCAGGGUUGCCAUGAAGUUCCCAGCACGAAAUACCCGCAGGGCAGCCAACAAAAAAGCAGUGCCCCCAAAGCCCUCUGAGAGCUCUGCAAAUGAUUCCCAUUCUGACUCGGAAGAAGAAGAUGGCAUGAACUUUCUGGAGAAGAGGGCCUUAAACAUAAAGCAGAACAAAGCAAUGCUUGCAAAACUCAUGUCAGAAUUAGAAAGCUUCCCUGGCAUAUUCUCUGGAAGACGGUCCCUCCCAGGCCACAGAAGCAAGGAUGCAAAGUCACCUAGAAGACGCACUUUCCCAGGUGUGGCUUCCCGAAGGAACCCGGAACGGAGGGCUCGUCCUCUUACCAGGUCAAGGUCCCGCAUCCUGGGGUCCUUGGGUACUCUGCCCACAGAGGAAGAGGACGAAGAAGAGGAAGAAGAAGAGGAUAAGUACAUGCUGGUGAGGAGGAGGAAGUCCAUGGACGGCUAUUUGAACGAUGAUGAUGUGCCCAGAAGUCGUCGCCCUGGAUCCAUGACGCUUCCACAUAUAAUUCGACCAGUAGAAGAAGUCACAGAGGAAGAGAUUAGGAACAUCUGCAGCAACUCUCGAGAGAAGAUUUAUAACCGAUCACUGGGUUCUACAUGUCAUCAGUGUCGCCAGAAAACCAUUGACACCAAAACCAACUGCCGAAACCCAGACUGCUGGGGCAUCCGGGGCCAGUUCUGUGGUCCCUGCCUUCGAAACCGCUAUGGCGAAGAGGUCAAGGAUGCUCUGCUGGAUCCGAACUGGCACUGCCCACCUUGUCGAGGAAUUUGCAACUGCAGCUUCUGCCGCCAGCGUGAUGGACGGUGCGCCACUGGAGUCCUUGUGUAUUUAGCAAAGUACCACGGCUUCGGGAAUGUUCAUGCUUACUUGAAAAGUCUGAAGCAGGAAUUUGAAAUGCAAGCCUAGAGCCUGAAGAUUGUCUGCCUUUGGCCUCUGAAGGCUCUCUUGGUCCUGACGUUGUCGUUGAUGGAAACCUGAGUAAGAAUCUUGGCCAUCAGUCUGUCUUAGAACUCAGUCGGGUUGAUCUUGUAGCUCACACUUGUUUCUGAAGCAUCUUGAAAAUGCACACCGCUCAUUACAUUUCAGCGAUAUGUAGUGUCUCAGAGCUUGCCCCGGCCCCUCCUCCUCGUAGCCUCCCUGUCUUUUGCCACCGCUUAGAUUCUGAGCUAUCUUUAAGCGGCAGUUUGAGAAUUUGUUUGAUCAGGACGUACCCAGGCACUUUGGAGUACAGUAGUGUAUUAUAAAGCAACGGUUGUGAUGAAUUGCAGAGAACGGCCCUUUAACUUGUUUACACAGAAUCAACGUAUAUGGUUUAGUAUCUAGUGUUUAUAUUGGCUGAUGUUUUAAGUGGAAAGGCCAAGGCACAAAGGGGUGGAAACCGUGUGGAAAAAUUAGGUAGUUGUAAAGUGGAGUGUGGCCACAUUGAAUGGCUUACUGGAGAAAUCCAGCUCCUAGGUGCUGUGCUCAGUGUACACCUUGUCACAGUUGACACAGUUGCUGCUGUCCUCUGGCUUACACAGUCACCCAAAGGUUUGUGAUAAUGUGGUACCAUAAUUACUUAAAUUGCUGUAGAAGAGGCAUUCUGGGAAAUUAAGAUGACGGCGCUGCAACGGGCUGAUUUGAAAUCUUGGUGUUCUGCUUCAGAAACUUAAGUUUAAUAACGUUACUUUAGAUCCUGGCAGUUUCCUGAAGAGGUAACCCUGGGGGUUGUGUUCAGGGUUUCUGUUUCGGUUUUAAACACUUUUGGAACAAUGAGAAAUGACCUUUUAGCGAUGGGUAGCUUUGAACUACUGUUAACGAGUUACCUCUGCCAGUCUAGUUUAUGGGCAGGUGCCUUGAGUCACCCUCCCUCCCCUUUCCCUGUAGGUGGGUCAUUCGGUACUGGUGACUAAGUGACUGAUUCCCUCACCUGUGUAGCCUGUUGCUGUGUCCACUCUUUCUGUGAUGCUCAAUUGGAUCUUGAAUCGUUCAGUGUAAAUACAGCUUUUUGCUCUGUAAUGCUUUUAUACAAAGGUUUUUAUUUUAAUAAUAAAACAUUUUGUUCUAA